GCUGAGGAGAAGAAAGUGAAUGGAAUUGGAUCUGGGGUGGUGGCUCGGGCGUUGCAGCAAACAGUGCAAGAUGACAGUAGGAGAGCUUCUUUUGACGGCAGAUUGAGCUUGGAUUUAAGCAGUUCAGAGUUGUUGAAGGCAGCUCGACAAAGCCCAGAUGCGGAUUCGGUGAAUGAGUCUUCUGUGCCCUCUGAUCUCACUACUUCUGAUACGGACAGUGUUUCCUCUGGCAGUACUUCCGGAGUUCAAGAUUGUGGUUCGGUUGCCAAGGGGCGAAAUGGGCCUCGAGGGAUUGUUGUCUCCGCGAGGUUUUGGCAAGAGACCAACAGCCGAUUGCGGCGCUUGCAUGAUCCUGGUUCUCCUUUAUCGACAAGUCCCGGGGCAAGAAUAGCUGCCCCAUCAAAGUUCAGUCAAUCAAAACGGUUCUCAAGUGACGGUCCAUUGGCAUCACCACGAAGAAUGGCUUCCCCUAUUCGAGGUGGCACAAGGCCUCCAUCCCCGAGUAAGCUUUGGACUUCUUCGGUAUCAUCACCAUCAAGGGGAAUUUCUAGUCCUUCCAGGACGAGAAAUGGCGUCGGUGGCUCCUUGGUCAGUAAUUCUAUUAGUACGCCCUCAAUUCUUAGUUUCUCUGUUGAUAUCCGGAGGGGGAAGAUGGGGGAAGAUCGCAUUGUUGAUGCACACGUAUUGAGGCUUCAGCAUAACCGAUACUUGCAAUGGCGGUUUGUGAAUGCAAGGGCAGAUGCUACGUUCAUGUUGCAGAGACUAAACGCAGAGAGAAAUGUUUGGAAUGCGUGGGUCACUAUCUCAGAACUACGGCAUACUGUCACACUUAAAAGAAUCAAGUUACUAUUACUACGACAGAAAUUGAAGCUGACAUCCGUCCUCAAGGGACAAAUAAGUUAUUUGGAAGAAUGGGCUCUUUUAGACAGAGAUCACUCAAGCUCUUUGCUUGGAGCAACUGAGGCAUUGAAGGCCAGUACUCUCCGGCUCCCGGUUGUUGGGAAAGCAACGGCUGAUAUUCAGAACCUGAAGGAUGCUGUGGGCUCAGCUGUUGAUGUUAUGCAGGCAAUGGCAUCCUCCAUAUGCUCUCUCUCAUCUAAGGUAGAAGAUACGAACUCCGUGGUAGCUGAACUGGUUAAGGUGACGGCAAAGGAACGGAUUUUACUUCAACAAUGUGAAGAUUUUUUGUCCACUCUAGCAGCCAUGCAGGUGAAAGAUUGUAGCUUGCGAACGCACAUAUUGCAACUGAAUCGGUUUCCAACGAGACAGCAGCCUAACAAAUACAUGUAGAACUGAUAUGAUCCUGAUGAUUUGACUCACUUCUCACUCGCUAUUCUACUAACAUUACACGGGCCCCUUUUUCGUUUUUCUACCUGAUGGAGGCAGAGACUGAAGUAACAAGAACAGAUUGAUGAUUUUUAGGAUCUAGGAUUUGAAUCCUUCUUGGUGGCUCUUAUAUUUCUUCUUUUAUGGUUGUUCAAUGUAUCUGGAAAAAGGAAAAAAGAUUGUAUGUAGGGAAUGGCUUUCCAUCCCCCUUUGAUAAGAUUAGCUCUGUGUAAAAGUGGUGCAGUUCUCCUAUCCCUUCAGCCAACAAGUAAAUGCCAAUGCUGAAAUAUGUAUAUAUGUAAUGUUCUCAUCAUUGUUGAUUCUUGUAGUUUGUGAAUUCUCAUGACUGAUUGGUGAAAUAGUCUCUCUUUUUUCAUUCCCA